UCUUUGAUUUGGACCUAAUCCAAAAGAUGCGAGAAAGUGAGAGGGUUGUGCAUGAGGCAUCAUGCUCUUUUCUUUCAUGUUCCCGAAGAACAGGGAACAAAAUAGGCGAACUAAGAGCAAGAAAGCGAGUGAGUGAGAACGAGCAAGAGAGGGAACAAAUAUUGCCCUGAAUAAGUGUGUUUGCUCAGAAUCUCAAUCUGCCACAAACUCCUCCGGGGAUUUCAUAUUCUGGACAAAGAGGACAUGAGUGCAAAGGCCGUAUUGGUGGCCAAGGCCAAUUCGCAUCCCUUUGAUGAUCGAGCUCUUAUUUUGGACGUGCCUACGAAAAUCGGUCGGAGCCACAAAGAUGACCAGGCUGAGUCUGGGAACGGAUUUUUCGACUGUAAAGUGCUCUCCAGACAACACGCCAUUCUCAUGUAUGAAGACGAUAAAUUCUACCUUAUGGACACGGGGAGUAGCAACGGGAGCUUUGUGAACAACAUUCGCUUGAGCAAAAGUGGAGAGGAGUCCAAAUUGACUCGAAUCUACACCAACGAUGUCCUUCGUUUCGGAUCCGACGUAGUGGACAAGCAACGACAGAUCACACAAAAGUGCGUGGUAAUGAAGGUGAGGUUGUUCUAUCCGGACGGACCCGAGGUCGAAUCCCGCCCCUCCGAAUCCCGUUUAUUCCGACCCAAUGAUUCCAUGGAAGAUCUCAGUGCUCUCACCCAGACAUUGCAAGAGUCUCUGAGUCGCGAAAAACAUCUAGAGGAUAAGAUGAUCCGGAUUCGGGGGAUGAUCAGCAAGAACAUUGGCAAAACGCAUACGGAUCUUCUCCGACUCUUUGAGAACAUGAAACAAGAGCUCAUGAACAACGAGUUGAACUUCAGUAAAGGGAUCAAUACCGAGCUUGAGGCUUAUCAAAAGGUUGAAAACAGUCAUAUCAUGUCAGAAAAUGUGGAGCUCCACCGACGAGCUUCGGAGCAAGACAAAGUCUUGCAAGAGUUUCGCCAUGCGAACGAAUCCCUGUCCAAUCAACAGCAAUCUGAUAAAAUCGAAAUCACCUCACUUCGAAAGACUUGUCAACUUCAGAAGCAAUCCAUCGACUCCUUGGAAAAGGAACUUCACAACGUCCAUGAUGAGCUUCAUCACAACCGUUUGGAAUCGGAUGAGCGCUACAACAACAAAAUCAGAGACAUGGAACAAUCCAAGAAGGAACUCAUGGAACACUACGAGCAAGAAAUAACCAAGAACGAGGACGCUUUCAUGGAGGAACGCACCAAAAUUCGGGAACAACUCUUAGAAGUCACUCGGAACGAAGCCAAUCUUUUGAACAGGAUUAGAUGUCUGGAAUCGGAGGAGCAAUAUUCGCACGCUGAGGUGGAAAAGGUUCUUAUCCGGGAAAGGGAAGCACAAGAGAGCAGGCAAAAGCUGGAUAUCCAAGUGGAACAGCUCAAGAACCAAUUGGAUCAGGCUGAAACUGCUUUAGAGGAACAGAAAUCCAAGAUUGUCAUUCAACGAUCCGAAGAGGACAUUGAGCAGAUAGCGAAAUUGGAGGAUCACAUUGGGAAGUUGCAGCACGACAUUGCUUAUCUGAAGCAAGAGCUUUUGGAGGCUCGAGCCCGGAAAUCUGCCUCUGAUGAUGAAUUACGAACGAUCAAGGACAAGUUGGAGACUCUCGAGAAUUCAAUCACCUCACUCACAAACGAAGGUCUGAGACAUAGGAAGCAAAUCUCAGAGUUGAAUGAAGCCUUGGAAGAGAAGUCCAAGGAAGCCGAUCAUUGGGAAAAGUUGGUGGGAGAAAUGGAGUCCUCCCUCUCCCAAGACGAGAUGACCCGAGUUCAAAUCCAAGAUCUUCGAGAUGAGCUCCAUGGAGCCGAAAGGAAUUUGAAGCUUCGCCAAGACGACCUACUUUAUCUGAAGAACGGGAUCAAGUCCCGGGACGAGACCAUUCAGCAACUGGAGAUCGAUCUCUCAUGCGUCCGAGGCCAGGUCCAAAACGUGGAGGAGGAACUUCAGAUUACAAAAGACGAAACCAGUUAUGUGACGAAUAUCAAAGAUGAGAACGCUCAGUUGAAACAGCGACUCGUGGACCUUCAAGAUGAGUUUAAUUACGCCCAGGAUCACGCCAAUCACUUGACGGAUGAAUUAGCUCGACAACAAAUCCUGUAUUCCGAACUCAAGAAGAUGAGAGGCCGUGGCGAGGAGAUUGAUCAAAUUCACGAAUACAAACAGGAGUUGAAGGCGCUCUACGAGCGAUUAUCCGACAUGGAGCAACGUGACCACCACCAACGGAAACAAAUCCAGACCUUGGAGCAAGACAGAUUGGAAAUGACGGCCGAAGUCACGGAAACGCGACGUCUCUUGGCCCGCAACCCGCAUUUAUCACCCGCAGAGGCCGCCAUGCACACCGUGGGUAAUCUCAAGGUCUACGAGUUGAUCUUGGGCUUGCUCUUUCUUUUUGUACUCUUCACGUACGGGAUAUUUUAAGGAACACUCAGCACAACACUCUGGUUUUCUGUGGGACAGAGGCACUUUUUCAAUUGAUGAAUAAAUAAAUAGCGUGGUA